GAUUUGCUCAUUAUAACGACCAAUGAAGGUUUCACCUCAUAAUAAGUUCAGAGCCAUGUGAUAUCAUAGCAGUUUGAUUAACAGCUGUUGAUUCUUGAACACACCCCUGAAGUUGCGUUUGGUCCAUAAAUGUUCACCCAAAGUCGCUGGUUCAAUCACAGAUGGUGCGGUCCGUCCAAAAGCCAGCCAAUAGCAUCAAGAGUUGUCAUCGUAGAGAAGGAAAAAAAAUCCUGACAGUCGCCAUGAUGCUUGUUUUCUCCCUGUGAUACAGCAGCGGAAACGAGUGAAGCAAGUAGAAACAAAAGAGCACGCACACGUCCUCGCGAGUUGGUAUGCGUUUGCAGGUAAAAAUCAUCAACACAGGCGACGAGUUUAUUUGGUGUUACAGCAGGAAUGCCCAAAGAAAAAUAUGACCCGCCAGACCCCAGGCGGAUGUACACCAUCAUGUCAACUGAGGAGGCAGCCAAUGGAAAGAAGUCUUACUGGCCUGAGCUGGAAAUCACUGGUAAUGUCAGAAGCCUGAGCCCGUCUCUGUGGACUCUGACCCACCUCACUGCCCUACACAUCGCUGACAACUGUCUGUCACGCAUCCCACCUGACAUUGCCAAACUACACAACCUGUUGUACCUGGAUCUAUCGUCCAAUAAGAUCAGGAGCCUGCCGGCAGAGCUCGGCAACAUGGUGUCUCUCAGGGAACUGCUUUUAAAUAACAACCAGUUGCGGGUUCUGCCAUUUGAAUUGGGGAAACUGUUUCAGUUACAAACACUGGGGUUGAAAGGAAACCCACUUGCACAAGAAAUCAUGAGCCUGUACCAGGAGCAUGAUGGCACCAGGAAACUGCUCAACUACCUGCUGGACAAUCUGGCAGGUUCAAUCAAAUGCACCCCCACAGAGCAGCCCCCGUCCCGGUCGUGGAUCGCACUCCAGGAGCCUGACCAGACGAGGCCUUCUGCAUUGUUCUCUGUUAUGUGCUACAACGUGCUGUGUGAUAAGUACGCCACACGCCAGCUCUACGGCUACUGCCCCUCCUGGGCCCUCAACUGGGAGUACAGGAAGAAGUCCAUCAUGCAGGAGAUCAUGAACUGCAGCGCUGACAUCAUCAGCCUACAGGAAGUGGAGACAGAGCAGUACUACCAGUACUUCCUGCCAGAGCUGAAGGAGCAGGGCUAUGAGGGCUUCUUCAGCCCCAAGUCUCGAGCCAGAACCAUGCACGAGUCAGACCGCAAACAUGUGGACGGUUGCGCAGUAUUCUACAGGACAGAAAAGUUCAGCGUGGUGCAGAAACACACGGUGGAGUUUAACCAGCUAGCCAUGGCUAACUCUGAGGGCUCUGAGGCCAUGCUCAACAGGGUCAUGACCAAGGACAACAUCGGAGUGGCCGUACUGCUGGAGGUCCGCAAGGAGAUGAUGGAGGAAUCCUCGGGGAAGUCUCUGCACGGCAUGGAGAAACAGCUCCUACUGGUGGCCAAUGCCCACAUGCACUGGGACCCGGAGUACUCUGACGUCAAGCUGGUCCAGACCAUGAUGUUCCUGUCUGAGGUGAAGAACAUUGUGGACAAGGCCACGCGCAGCCUCAAACUCUCCUCUGUCUCUGGGGAGACCAACAGCAUCCCUCUAGUGCUUUGUGCUGACCUCAACUCUCUACCAGACUCUGGCGUGGUGGAGUACCUGAGUCAAGGUGGAGUGGACUGCACCCACAAGGACUUCAAGGAGCUGCGCUACCUCGACAGCCUCACCAAUUUUAACUGCAACGGCAAGAACGGGAACUCCACGUCCAACUCCAGGAUCACCCACGGCUUCAAGCUGAGGAGCGCCUACGAGGACAGCCUGAUGCCUUACACCAACUACACCUUCGACUUCAAGGGUGUGAUUGACUACAUCUUCUACUCCAAGCCUCAGCUCAACGUGUUGGGCAUCCUGGGUCCCCUGGACUCCAACUGGCUCCAUGAGAACAAUAUCAGCGGCUGUCCGCACCCCCACAUCCCCUCUGACCACUUCUCCCUGUUCACCCAACUGGAGCUGCUGCUGCCCAGCACCCUGCCCCAGGGCCAGGUCAACAACCAGGUCAACAACCAGGUCAACGGCAUCCACCUGCCUGGAGGCCGCAGGUAGUCGUGAGACACCACCGGGGGGAGGGGGGCGCUGUAAUUUGGUCUAAAGCCUCUCCCUCCAUCGCCUCUCUUCUUCAAACUGAAGGAGGAAGACAAGACAGGCAACCAUCCUGUUAAAAAAGAAUCAGCCAUACAGUGAGGUCUGGCUGACAGGGAUUUCUGUUAUUAUAGAUAUAUUUUUUAUUUUCCUUGUUUUCAUUUUGAUAAUGCUAAAGUAAAUCCUGUCUGUCCAUUAUAUUAUCUUGUGUUUUAGAUCCCCCUGUCAUUCUUACCCAUAAUGCUUUUGUAACUCCUUAACAGAUGGUAGCAUCCAAUUUCACAAUAUCCCCUUGGCCCAUUAUAGAUAUUGAGAUUAAUUUUUAGCAAUACCAGCAGACUCUUGUUGACUUUGACAUGACCUGUGCAGUCUUGAACAAUGGCACAAGAAAAUCUGUCACUUGAGAGUUGUGGACACCUUCAUGAGGCAAGGAGAGAAAGGACACCACUUCUCAAAAUUCGAGCUGAUGGUCUGUCCUAUACCAAUCUCAAACCAGCAAAAACAGUGUUAGACUGGUCUGUCUCACUCUCCCUACCAGCCAAGGCUCGGGGUGGGCCUUCGCUUUUCUCUCCUCUGGGCUCAAUGUGAUGGUACUUAGAUAUCUCCCAUAUAUCUGGAGCAUCCCAUAGGAGAGAGUAGCGCUCCUCUCUGCUACAGGGCCCAUCUCUUUGUGGGUCCACUACUGUGGUGCUCACCUGGUGCUACCAGUCCUCUCAUUGACUAAUAGAACUCAGUCCAUUGUCUCCCUAUCCAAGUGGUGCAAUAGAAACUAACCCCACUGGUGCAUUAAGACUCACUGUUGAGGUUUUUAGACGUAUUGUUAUCCUUUAGGACUACUGCAUCCACCAAAUACACUUGUCUGGACCCACGUGUGGCAAGCUUAGCUCUAGUUAGCACAGGUUUGUCGGCUUGCCGGUCAGGCAUAGUGCUAGAAACGCAUCUGGAUUCUCUGGACUGAAACCAAAUGUAAUGAGUUUAGUUGCAUAACAUGUCAUUAGUGGCAAUCCCUUUUUGCACACUAUUACCUCCUGUUUGCGUACGCGACGGUCAUCCAUUUUCUUGUUCAUGACUUCGUUUGGACCAGUUACCACCUUUCGUAAUAGGGAAUGGGGUUUUGGCUGAGGGGCAAUGGGAUGGGGAAUUAUCAACAAAUUUCACUUAGUUUGUUAUUUUUUUUAAGCAGAGGGAGGUCACUAGCUGAUUUACAGGAGUUUAAACCAGCAAUCCUCAUGGUCACACACACACAGAUCUUGUAGCACUGUCUCUUGAGGCCAGUAGUGACUUUCCCCCAGCCAUAAAUUCCCUACUCUACAGCAGUGGGGUUUUUCCACCAGUGUUUGUACAGAAUAUAAAUGUAGAUUCAGUCUUUACAUGAUUGUAUAUGAGCCACUAAAGACCUGUUUUCUGGCGGUUUUUGUACUGAUCUGAUUUGAGGAAAAUACAGGAUUGUAUUGUAAACUAUGACUACAUUUUUAUCCAGGAAAUGUUAAGAUUAAUUCAAAUUACCAGCUUGUACAAAAUACGUAAGGGGUUGUUCUGAGCGUUCACUCCCCCCCCCCAGGUUAACUGUUUUGAUGUAUCAGUAUUGAUUGGUUUCCUGCUGUUUUUGAUUUGAGGGCAUGUUGCUCAGAUUGUAAAUAGAUCUACUGACUAAACCUCCUGAUGCUUCUCACCCAUUCUAUUAAUAAGCCUUCCUGCCACCAACCUAACCUACCAUUCAUCCAUUCACAGUUCAGGCCAUAGUAACACCAUGGCCUGUAUCCACAAAGUCUCCGAGUAGGAGUGCUGAUCUAGGAUCUGUCCAUAUUAUUCAUUAUGAUCUAAAAGAAACAACUGAUCCAUACUCUGAGACACUUUGGAUACCAAUAACACCCUAUUCCCUUUAGUUUACUACUGUUGACCAGUCCUGUGUUGCUCUGGUCAAGAGUACUACUGUUGACCAGUCCUGUGUGGCUCUGGUCAAGCGUGUACUACUGUUGACCAGUCCUGUGUGGCUCUGGUCAAGAGUGUACUACUGUUGACCAGUCCUGUGUGGCUCUGGUCAAGCGUGUACUACAUGGGGAAAUAAAGUGUCAUUUCAGAUAUGUCCUCAGAGGGUUUUCACAUCACACCUCCACUAUUCCAUAAUUCCAGUGUUGUACAACCGGAACAUUGUGCCUCACCUUCGCAGUUUGUAGUCUUGCACUAUUUACAAUCGGCGAACGCCGGAACAACCUCUUCUGUUUAUUUUUAAAUACUGUCGAGACAUUUGUGAAGAUUUUGUGCUUUUGGCUUAUGUUAGGAUAUUAUUUUUUUGUAUGAGCUGUGAGCAUGUUAUGGGGUGUGUGUAUGUAUAUCUCUCCUCCUGGGUGAGCGAUCUAGUAAUCAGGUAUGGAAUAUUUGUCUUGUUUUUUCUGGGGCAAAGCGAAGACCUCUUGUAAGCCCCCUCAGUUCCAUAAUGUUUUGCACCCUCCUUGUACUCUAGAACCCCUUAUCCCCAUAGCCACCUAGCCUCUCUUGACCCUGCCCCGGCCUCCACCACGAAUCUAAAUUCUGAAUCUACAAAAGCAUGUUCCCCUUUAAAACCCCUUAACGGUCAAGUGUAUUCCUUUAGUCCUGUCUUUUUAACCCCUCUACAGAAGCCCCUGUAUGGUUCCAGCCACUCUGGUACCAUCUGUAGGGCAGGCUAUCAGGUGGCCCACACAGACUUGUUGCUAUUAUCUAUCUGUUUUAUCACCGGGACCAAAACAUGAAAUAUGUCAAUAGUGGCUGACACUGUUGCAACUGUCACAUUUUUAACAGGAAAUGUAAUAAUGCACACUUAUGAUAGUUGCCCCGUCUAGCCCACAAUGAUUUGUCAAUUAAAUAAAAUAUGAUCACCUUUUUAAAGUAAAUAUGAUACUGAAGCCACUGUGCUAAAGUUAGCAUUUUAUGAAUUUUUACAGAGGAAAAAUAUUGAAAUAUUAAUGUCCUUUAAAAGUUGUUUUCUGUCCCUACUUUCCUCUUUUUUUCUUCUUUUUUCUCUCCAGAAACCAAUGUCUGGUUUGAUAACCCUGAAUUGCUGAUACUGUUGUAGCUUUUUUGUAAAGUGUGAAUAAAAUAUGUAUCAUGUUUCCUUUCUAAAAUGUUGAA